AUGCGUCGUGAUGCGGUAGCCAGCAGCGGCCACGACCACGACCGUACUGCCAGCGACCCCAAGCCUGCCGACUGCUCUGGCCUCGUCCUGAAAUCUUCUUCGUCGACUCCCAGCAGCACCAACGACAGCUUCUCGCGCCUCUCCAGCUCCACCGCCGCCAGCGAUGCCCUCCUCGACGAGGCGCGGCCCAGGCGACCGGACUCUCCCUUAGCCUCUCCUGCGCACUUAAAACAGUACAAUGAAGCCCAUAGGAGCUUCGCGAGUCACACCUUCUUCCGCACGAUGUCUUCGUCCACGCUGCCGUUCAGCUGUCGCACGUACUCGACGGACUCGGACGACGUGGUGCCAAAAGUGGAGGAAAUUGACGACGAGGAGGCUUUCGCUAUCGAAUCGAGCAAAGACCAGGUGAUCACGCGGAUCCAGCUGGAUACGCCGGAGUCGAAGAGCAGCUUCGUGCCGGCGCCGGUGGUUGGGCCACGAAAACGUGGAAGACCGCGCAAGCACCCGCUACCGCUGCCGGGUCAGAUCAAAGUCACCAAGGGAAGGUCGAAAACCGGCUGCGUCACCUGUCGGCGGAGGAAGAAAAAGUGCGACGAGACCAAGCCGUCGUGUCUGAACUGCCAGAAGAAUUCUGUGGUGUGUGAGGGAUACCCCGCCAAAGAGAUAUGGAAGAGCGGGAAGCAGAAACUGGAAGAAGCGGCUAGACGAUGCUCCCUGGCCGUGAUCCCUCGCGAGCUUCCCAUCCUGAUCGACGGAGUCGAGACAGACGUCGACCGGCGCUUCCUGGACCAUUUCGUCUACGAUUUCAGCCGUGUGCUUACGUUGAUUAACGACGACUCGAAUCCCUUCAAGGAGAUUCUCAUGCCCAUGGCGACCCAGCACACCGGCCUGAUGCACUCUUUAAUGUGCCUAUCUGGGUCGCAUCUCUCCGCCAGGAAUCCAGAUCCCCGCUUCCAGGAGCGUAAGCACUAUCACUUCGACCGCGCCAUCACCGAUCUCAGGAACACGAUCGUUGCGCGAUCCACCGGCAACGGCAAGGAGCCAGAGUUCCUCGUGGAGGAUCCUAUGAUUGCGUCGACCAUUGCGCUAUGUUUGAAUACCAUCUGUGAAGGGGAAACAAAGGGCGAAUAUAGAUCUCACAUGGACGCAGCUAGAUAUUUGUUAGUGACGCAGCGUCCUAAAAAUGAGAAAUUUCGGCAGUUUAUCGUGGAAUUCUUUCAGUAUCACGAUGUGUCGAGCUCUUUGACCACCUUAGACCGCCGCCCUAUUUGUCUCACCGGAGACCUUCGUCUGCCCGAUUUCAUCCCUCACGCCCAAGCUGGCGCUCUCCUGGGAAUUUUCGAUGGCUUAUUUCUCUACAUAUCUGAAAUUACGGUCAUCCGGGACAAGAUACGACAACGUAUCAACCAGAAAUGCGAGCCUGCUGUGGACUAUCAAACACUGAGUGAAGCAGUCACCAUAGACUCCAAAAUACGCGCCUGGGAGCCAUCCUAUCCGCCAGACCACCAGAACUGGUUUGCCGCACAGCUAUACCGCCAAUCAACAUGGGUCUACCUCUACCGCACCAUUCGCCCCUCACGCCCCAACGAGAAAAUCUCCCAAGUCGUCGAUGACGGCUUACUCUUCCUUGACCAACUACCCCUGAACGCCGGUGCUUUUAGCAUCCUCCUAAUGCCCUUAUUCCUCCUCGGCUGUUCGGCCUUCGAGCCCCACCAACGAGACCGUAUCAAAAAAGGUUUCAACAGCCUGCAGGCAUACUCAAGCCUCCGAAAUAUUAAACCAGCCUUUUGCAUCGUGGAAAAGGUAUGGGAUAUAAUGGACACCAACCCUGACCAAAGCUGGGAUUGGGAAAAAAUCAUCGACGACAUGAACAUGGAUUUUUUAAUUACUUAA